CGUUGAAAAGGAGAUUUUGGGCCGCAGUCCGUACAGUAGUACUCCAUUUUCCACGUCUCCGACGGUGUCGUCUGAGCAGUGAUUCGUAGCCGCACGCUAGCACUUCCCGCCCUUUGCGUCUCCCCGCUCGAGCUUUGUGCACCGCGUGCAGUCCCCCUUCACGCGCCGCAAGCACGUGCUCUUUUUUCGCUGGCCAUCAUCGUCGCGGCUCCUGCCCACCACGAUUGCGCAUUGUCCACGUGCUCCUUUGUCGACGUGGCCGUCGGCGAUCUCCAGGCGUCGUACUUCCACGUGUUCGUCGUUGCCGAGUUGCGGACGACAUGGCCCCGAGGAACGCGUCAGUGAAGGCCAGGAAAGAUAGCGGGCCGGGCGAUGAGGGGGAAACCAAGAGAGGCAGAGGGCACAUCCCUAAGCCGAAAAGGCAGCGCGUUGAAGAGUCGAGCUCCGAGCACACUGCAGACUUCCAGGCAGAAGAAGUGGUGAUGGUGGACGCGCAAGGAACUUCAGCGGCGCCGCGAUUCGGUUUCGGGCGGGACGGGGUGACGAGGAAACAGUUGUCCGCUGUCAAGCAUAGCAUUGGUGUUGGUGCUGCCGGGGCGUCGCAAAGGACCCCGAAGGCGGCAGGGGUUGUCAUAACGGAGGUGCGCCUCCCGAGGCAACUUCCCGCGGUGGCGGGGCAGGGCCAGCCACGUCAGGCACUUCCCCUGCAACAGUUGGGGGCUUCAGGGGGGGGGAAAGCACAGUCUGCGCAAAAGGGCGAUGCAACGACGAUCGACACUCGGACGGCGGCGGCGGAUCACAGUGGUAGAAGCGGACUCGCCGAAGGUGCGGCCGAGGAAAGGGUAGACGACGUCCGCCACGACGAGGGAAGAAGAGACGGAAUGCUGGAUGGCGACGACGACGACGACCGUCCACUUGUGACAAGGUUGAAGGGAGCCACAAAGGAGGAUGGUCUGGAGGAAAGAUCGAAGUUGUGGGUUGAUUGCGACUCUUUCUGGGGUCAGGGACCGGGGAAACCCUUGAGGGAGGCGGUUGGCGAGUGCGCGGACUACUUCAUCGCAAUCGCCAACGGAGACGCAGGAGUUGAACCGCCUGCGAUGCUCAUACUGCCGCCGAACGACGUGUCGUGCUUCGAGAUCGACGCCCCUGCGCAGCGUGAUACGGCUCUGCGCAGAGCGCGCACCGUGGAGAAACUGGUGCUGCGCGCCAUCCACGGCUGGAUCUUCAAAUCGUCGUCGCGGUCGGCUGGAUUCGCUCGUGCAGAGUCGUACAUCAGCGUCGACAUUGCCACGGACGUCGCACGAGCAGUUUGGCAGGGCCAGGAAUGGUCGAACGUGGUGUCCCCUGCCGUCGUGUACCAUACUCUGGCGAUGAAGAUGGACGUACCUCUGUGGUUCGCGGGGGUGAAGAUUGUGGAUCGGCCCGAGGACAACGACAUGGCGGCGCGACACGAGGCUACAGUUCUUCGCAUCGCGGAGUGUUGGACAGACACACUGUGGUGUGGACAAUGGGCAGAUGGCGGUCGCGUGAAACAGGAGAGGUUGUCUAGGCUUGCGGACUGUCUUCGAGCAUUGUUGAGCGCGUGCAUGUGGAUCAUGCGCAUGGGUGGUGACGACGACCGUUCGCUCUAUGAGGCGUGCCUUUACUCGUCCAUGGUCGCCAAACCGACAAUGAUAGCGGCGGGGUCGUACAUCUUCAACUGGCGGCGACACAUCGUCGACAGCGUGAACCUCGUCUUGGAUCGUAUAGGGAAGGCUCACCUCACGCUGGGAGAAUACCCGCACUGCAUUCCGGAAUGGUGUGACUGUGGGUUGGUGUUCGGCCACAACGAGGCCCUGAAGAACGCGACGGAAGCCGCGAAACACGGAUGCAUUGGCAGCGGACCCGCGGCGGAGGAAGUGGGAGACGAGGACGGUUAACACGUGGGUGCGUCCGUGAUGCAGCGUCAGGGUGCGGAUCGUCGACUGAUUGGAGCAUUGAAA